UGAGUAUAUCAGUUAACAGCUCUGUAAGGUGAUCACCAUUCACCAACAUAUAUAUAUGGCAGGCCGGAAAGUCUAUGGCACCCUCAACUCGCCGGCCACAUUGAAGGUUUUGGCAUGCCUCUUUGAACAUGAUCUUGAUGUUGAGCUUGUUCCAGUCAAUCUCGAUGCUGGAGAGCACAAAAAGAAACCCUUUGUUUCUAUGAAUCCAUUUGGUCAAGUUCCAGUAUACGAGGACGGUGGAAUCAAGCAAUUUGAAUCAAGAGCAAUAAUUAGAAGCAUGAGCUUUGAGUACGGCAAGAAAGGAGAAGAGCUUAUCUUUUGGGACGACAGGAAGCAGGCGGUAGUAGCCAAUUGGAUUGAUGUUGAGGGUCACCAGUUUGAGCCACCGGCAUUGAAACUAAUUAAUGAGAUGGUGAUUAAGCCGAAGAAUGGCUUGGCUCCAGACCAAGGUGUGGUGGCUGAGGCUGAAGCCGAGUUAGGCAAUGUUCUUGAUGUGUAUGAAGCCAGGCUAGCAAAAUCAAAGUAUUUGGGAUCUGAUAGAUACACCAUUGCUGAUAUGCUUCACCUCCCGAAUUUGCAGAGCCUUGUGGGAACGACAGCCAAGAAGCUCAUUGAAUCGCGACCUCAUGUGAAAGCAUGGUGCUCUCAGAUCCUGGCUCGACCUGCAUGGGGAAAGGUGCUUGAGAUGAAGCGUAAGGCACAAGCCUAGCUAGGCUCUUAUAUAUGUUUAAUGUGAAUCCCGCUGGCUUAAAAUAAUUAAUCAUCCGAUGUAAAGGGUUAAUGCAUGGUCUAUAUAUAUAUAUAUACCAUGCUCAUGAGUCUAUGUUUAUGGAUUAAGAAUAAUAGAUGGAAGUGCUGCUUGUAAUAUCCUCCAUUAUGGUCUGGGAUAUUUCUUUUCUUCAAUUCUCUUUUACUUCUACUUAUU